AUAGCACUUCACAGUCACCCGGUAUUCUUGAAAGCCGCUCUGUGACUACCAGCCAGCAGCCUUUCAAAUAUCCCCCUGCUCCUUCGUAACAUGUCAGACCUAGAAUCCUUGGUCAAUGAAUGGCUUCGCCUCGAUCGCAACGGUCAAACACGAGCGGAAAUAGAGAUCCUAUGGCAAUACGGAAACACACAAGAACUGGAGAGCCGACUCAGGAACCGCAUCGAGUUUGGGACAGCAGGUCUCCGCGGAAGGAUGGAAGCAGGUUGGGCCCGCAUGAACGAUCUCAUAAUCAUACAAGCAUCCCAGGGUCUCUGUGCUUAUGUGAUCCGAGAAGUGGAAAAUGCCAAAGAACGAGGUGUUGUCAUGGGUCACGAUCACAGACACAACUCUGCGAGAUGGGCUCAGCUAGCCGCCGCCGCGUUCAUUUCCCAAGGCGUGAAGGUAUACCUGCAUAGAGGUCUUGUCCACACGCCACUAGUUCCAUUCUCCGUCAAAGCGUUGCGGGCAGCUUGUGGUGUUAUGAUCACAGCCAGUCAUAACCCAAAGGACGACAAUGGAUACAAGGUGUACUGGGAAAACGCUGUUCAGAUUAUCGAGCCUCAUGACAAAGGUAUCGCAACGUCAAUCAAGGAGAACCUUGAGCCACGUACCUGGGAUGUUUCUCUCACCAGCGACCCGCUGUGUCUGGAUCGAACCGAAGAGAUGAAGAAGAUGUACUUCGAAAGUUUGCAAAAACUAGCAUCAUCCAUCUCAACUAAUUCUGCUUGCGCCACAAAGUUUGUAAACACGUCGAUGCAUGGAGUUGGCUAUCCCUUUGUCGCACAAGCGUUCAAAAUCUUCGAAUUUCCGGCACCUAUAUCUGUUCAUCAGCAGCAGGACCCAGACCCAGACUUUCCUACCGUAGCAUUCCCUAAUCCAGAGGAGAAAGGAGCUCUGGACCUGGCUAUUAGCACCGCAAAUGAGCAAGGUGCUUCAUAUGUUCUGGCUCAGGAUCCUGAUGCCGAUCGGUUCUCCGCGGCUGAGAAAAGAGCCGACGGUACAUGGAAGGUAUUCACCGGUGAUCAGCUCGGGACUCUAUUUGCCUGCAAAGUUUUGGCUACCUAUAAAGCUAGCGGAAAGCCCCUUGAUAAGCUGGCGAUGGUUGCGUCGACCGUGAGCUCAAAAAUGAUCGAGACAAUGGCCAACGAUGAAGGAUUCCGCUUCGUAGAAUGUUUGACAGGCUUCAAGUUCAUCGGGAACACAGCCCUUGAUCUUGUUGCCCAGGGGUAUGAUGUCCCAUUUGGGUACGAGGAGGCUAUUGGGUUCAUGUUCGGCGAAGAUAUUCGCGACAAAGAUGGCGUUGCCGCUACGAUGAUGUUUGCUGAAUUGGUGGCGUCCCUUUCAAGUAGAAACCUGACACUGCAAGAUUAUCUUGAAGAGCAGUAUGACAGGUACGGCUACUUUGAGACAAAUAACAGCUACUUUAUCUGUUCGGAUCCUGCCGUCAUAGACAAAGUAUUCACAUCGAUUCGUACUUAUAAUGAACAGCAGCCGUCAGAAAAAACUGGCACAUACCCCACUGAGAUAGCAGGCCUUCAAGUAACCCGUGUUGUAGAUCUGACGUCCGGGUACGGGUUUGACAGCGGCAAUGCACCCAGUUUCCAGCCUAGCCUGCCAUUGUCUUCUGGACAUAUGAUACAGAUCAGGGCUAGCGCAGGUUCGGGGAGUGGCCUUGACAUCGUGCUCACAAUAAGAACAAGUGGAACCGAGCCUAAGAUCAAGUACUAUCUAGAGGGUAAAGGUGAAUAUCGCCAGGUAGUACACAAACUGUUACCGGAGGUCAUUUCUGCCCUGAAGUAUGACUGGAUGAAAGCAAGCGAGAACCAUCUUGAGUAGGCGGGAAGUUUUCGCCUACAGAUACUUCAUAAUUGUAUGAGUACAUGUAUUGUAGAUCUCAUGAGGACGGGCUGGAAGUAAAAUGCCAUGACCUUCUAUCAUCUGUAACCUAUGCAUACCUCGCCCUUCUUCGCGCCUCAAGCUCCUUUGUUUUCCUCCAUAUGUCAAUAGUGACCUCUUUUUCGUGAUAAGACAGCGCCACAAGCCUCGCAACCCGCAUUGAGAGGAUGAGAUCGUCCACUGAAAUGGAAGUGUCCUUGUUUUGUCUUUGUUUGACAAAGUCUUCUUGAAUAAACUGGGAGGUCUCUUCCGAGAUGUGAAUACUUCCAGAUUUUGCAGAUGAGAUGAGGUCUCGGAACAUCUUGAAGGUGUCUUGUGGAGGUGCAGUCGGCGACACCCUAUAAAGAUCGGCUGCCUCCUUUGGUUGGAUAGGCACGUUUACACUUGUCUGGAAAAAGGCACUCUUUUGUCCUUCGCUGAGAACGAUCAUUGAGAUGUCGGUCGGAAACGAGAAUUUACUAAAUGGAAAGGUAUAGUCGAGAGUCUGCCCGAUCAUAACCUCCUGUACUGCCCGGAUGUUCAUAAUUCCUUUCUCCACCAGCUGCCCUUCGCUAACCGCUGAUUCAGUGAGUAAGAUAGUGCUCCCUUGAGGUAACUGCAACAUCCCUGAAUGAAGGUUCUCGUCUUUGCUCUCUGCGAUGAAGUUGGCACUGUUCAAAAGCUGUAAAGAGAGCGGAAUUGUUGCAAAUAGCGACAGGAUAUCUGACAGAACAUAAGAAAGUGUCGGUGUAGUUGACAGACCUGUGGGGUGAGGAAAGCGAGAAAAGGUGAGGGAUACGGGAAGAAGAGGUGGAUUUCGAGACUGAACUCUUGAUAUGCAGGCAAGCAAUGCCCAUUCCGCAGCGUCUGUAUCACCGCCUAAGGCUGAUUCUGCUAACCAGUUUACGAAAUCCUGCCGGACUUGGGUAAUGUCC